AUGUCUAAAUAUCCUCACACUGCCAACAACCUAUGGGAUGAGCGGCGCCAGCUACAACUCCUCGGGAUCUUCGAAAAGAAUGAAACCUAUUGUUUAACUCAGCCGGUGACUCAUUUUGAAGGCCGCAAUUCAAUCGCACCGCCCUGCUUGAUCAAAAUGCCCGAAACAGACACCGGCUACGAAGAUGGUGUUGAAGAGCGCGUCAUCAAUGAAGAGUAUAAAAUAUGGAAGAAAAACACUCCUUUCUUAUAUGAUAUGGUAAUGACCCAUGCCUUGGAAUGGCCAAGCCUCACUGCACAGUGGUUACCUGAAGUCACGAGACCUGAGGGGAAGGAUUACUCGAUCCACCGACUGAUACUUGGAACCCAUACUUCUGAUGAGCAGAAUCACUUACUUAUCGCAAGCGUCCAUAUGCCCAACGAUGAUGCGCAGUUCGAUCCAAAUAGCUACGAUGUCGAACGUGGCGAAUUCGGGGGGUUCGGUGCGGUGUCCGGAAAAAUUGAUAUCAACAUAAAAAUCAACCACGAGGGGGAGGUCAAUCGUGCGCGAUAUAUGCCCCAAAACCCGUGUGUGAUUGCUACCAAAACCCCUAGUUCGGACGUACUCGUGUUUGAUUACACCAAACACCCAAGCAAACCUGAUCCCUCCGGUGUUUGCAAGCCAGAAUUACGGUUACGUGGCCAUCAGAAAGAGGGAUACGGGCUCUCGUGGAACCCAAAUUUGAAUGGGUAUCUCCUCUCUGCUUCAGAUGAUCAUACUAUUUGUAUGUGGGAUAUCAAUGCGACUCCGAAGGAGGGACGAAUCAUUGACGCGAAGACCAUAUUCACUGGACAUACGAGUGUCGUAGAAGACGUUAGUUGGCACCCAUUACAUGAAUCCAUAUUCGGAUCUGUUGCUGAUGACAAAAAGUUAAUGAUCUGGGAUACUCGAAGUGGAUGUACAACCAAACCAAGUCAUACGGUGGAAUCUCACUUAGCUGAGGUCAACUGCUUGUCAUUCAAUCCAUUUAGUGAAUACAUCUUGGCCACAGGCAGUGCUGAUCGCACGGUCGCCUUGUGGGAUUUAAGAAGCCUACACAUGAAGCUUCACUCGUUCGAGUCGCAUAAGGACGAAAUAUUCCAGGUUCAAUGGUCACCGCACCAUGAAACCAUCUUGGCCAGUUCGGGUACCGAUCGUCGCCUUCAUGUGUGGGAUUUGAGCAAAAUCGGUGAGGAGCAGACGGUUGAAGAAGCUGAAGACGGACCCCCUGAGCUACUGUUCAUUCACGGUGGCCAUACAGCCAAGAUUUCUGACUUCUCUUGGAAUCCGAAUGAUGCCUGGGUUAUUUGUUCGGUGUCCGAAGACAACAUAUUGCAAGUCUGGCAGAUGGCGGAGAACAUCUACAAUGACGAUGACUUACCAAUAACGGCGGAAAACGAUUAGAAGACAACAAUCCGUCGUUCGUCAUGCACGCAGAGUUUUGUACCCUACUCAUCAAUGCUUGCCACCAGGCUUAUUUACUCAUCUGAAUAAUGAACCAGUUAUAUCUGUUAAAAUACAGUACUUUGUACAUCCGUAC